CCUCGCUUUGCACAUCACCAAAAAGUUGUUUCCUGUACUUUAAAAACGGAGGUGUAUUUCUUAAAAAAUCUGCGCCUAAAAUGCGUCAAUUAUCAAGUGCAUUACAAAUAGUUGCGGAAGCUGAGCUAAAUGAAGUUCGUUCUCGAUUGGAGACCGACUUUCAACAAAUAAGAGAUUGGUUCAAAAAACAGCCACACCUAAGUUUUGAGAUUGAUGACCAGCUGCUGAUUUCAUUCCUUCGAUGCAGCAAAUUUAGUUUAGAACGCACAAAGGAAAAAUUAGACUACUACUUUACGAUGAGGUCGCUGGCACCCGAGGUGUUUACCAACAGAGACCCUUUGUUACCGGAAAUUCAAGCCAUCUUAAAUGCAGGCUUUAUGCUUCCGCUGCCAAAGGCACACGGCGAAGACGGUAGCAGAAUAGUGCUUUGUCGCUAUAGUGACAACCUUGAUCCUAAUACAAUGAAUUUUACCAACCUCUUUAAAGUGAAUUAUAUGCUUUUGGAUAUACUGUUAAGAGAAGAUGACAAUGCUAUCGUUAGCGGUAUCAUAGCAUGGGUUUAUUACAAGAAAAUGCCUCCAAAAUACGCUGUUCAGAUGACUCCAACCGAUCUACACAAAUACUCAAUGAUUACAAUAAAAGGAUAUCCAUUAAGACAUAGGGGAACAUAUCAUACUCAUCUUCCGACCUUAUUCCAAGUACUUUAUGACUCUAUAACUGUUAUAUUCCCAAAGAAAACGCAGGAAAGGUCGGCCAUAUUUGGUGAGAGCAACUUCGCCAAGUUUUAUGAUAAAAUACCACAAGAGCUUUUGCCUGAGGAAUUCGGAGGAUCUAACAGUUCUGUGAAAGAUCUAACAGUGUUUUGGAAGCAAAAGGUGGAAAGUUAUAGGGAUUGGUUUUUGAGCGACGAAAAAUUGAAGACCAAUGAAGCAUUGCGGCCCGGUGCGCCAAGAAAUGGAUCGGACAUUUUCGGCGUAGAAGGUUCGUUUAGAAAACUCAAUAUAGAUUAAAGUGUUGCGUAGUUCUGUAUUAAUAUGUUUGUAGAAUGUGUGGAAUGGUAUAUUAAAAGCCGAAAGAUUUA